AGUCACACUAGAGGGAUGUAUCUUCUGCUGGCGGUAGCGGCGGCGGUUGCCGCGUCAGCCUACGAGAGAAAUAAGGAAUACCUUUAUGAAUAUGAAACACAAGCACUAACUGGAAUACCUCAGGGAAGCACGAUUUACUCUGGAAUGAAGUUAAAAUGUGACGUCAGAAUUCAGUUCCGCUCCAGAUCCUCGGCUACAUUACAGAUGGACAAAAUUGCCUUGGCGAAGAUUAAUGACCCGAUCGAAUCGGUGAACCCAACACAACAACAGGUACCCGAGAGUCUGUUCAGACCACUCACAGGCAAGGAUACUGACCAGAUGAUAAAAGACCUGUCUAGACCCAUCAACUUCCUAUAUGUCCGUGGCAGCAUCCACGAAAUCAAACAAGAAGCAGACGACCCAGAGUGGUCGGUCAAUGUUAAGAAAGGUCUCCUUAGUAUUCUGGAAGUGAACCUAGAUAAGAGGAAGCAGCUAGACCAAAGCAGUUCCAUCCCUCGAGUUCUGCGUCCCCAGUCUGCUAACGAAGACUCCAUGUAUAAGGUUAUGGAGCCCAGCAUUGGUGGUGAAUGUGAAACUCUAUACAAAGUCAGUCCUCGCACAUCAAGUAGUGGUGAUCCAAUAAUGUAUAUAACGAAAGUCAGAAACUAUAAAAACUGUCUGGACAGACCAAUGUACUUAACCUCUAUGUUCCACGGAAAAAAGUGUGCUGAGUGUGUCAAAGAUAGGUCAGACCCACUGAGAUCCGCCUCGCAGGUCAUGUACACAUUAAGGGGAAAUACUAGGUUGUUUCAGAUCCAGAGCGCCAUUGCUGAAAGUCAGCAUGUCUUCACACCAUACUCUGAAAAAGGAGGGAAUGUUGCAACCUAUCUAAACCAAACCUUAAAUCUGAUAAAAGUAAUGGAUGUAAAAGAUAGUUUAUCUCAGCCAAGCAGUCCAAAAACUGUUAGAUCUGGACUGCAGUUCUCGUCUCGUGAGAUCGAAUCACGUGACGAAUCCUUGAGUAGUUCACAGAAAUCGCCACCUUCCAGUCAAAGUCCAGCAUCACAGGUGCUCAGCAAACAGUCGCAGAAAAGUGCAAAUCAGGCAAAAGAGAGGAUCCGAAAACUGUUGAAAAUGUUGGAAACGUUCAUGAAACCAACUAUCAAGGAAGAGGCUGGCCCACUUCUAAUGUCACUUCUAGAGGAGAUCCGAAAGGCCGACGUCGAGAGCCUGAGAGCAGUGUUCCGCGAAACAGUCCAAAGUGCAUCUGCAGACAAGAAAAAAUUAAAGAUGUUGAUGGACCUGUUGCCGUCAGCUGGGACCGCCCCUGCUACAGAAGUACUUAGGGACGCUAUCAAGAAUGACCAAAUCACCAAGCCCCAAGCCGCCAUCGCUCUAAACAUUCUGUCUCUGUCAGCCCGACCGGAAGUUCUUGUUGCCAAAACACUUUUGGAACUAACACAGAGCCCUAAAGUUUCUCAGAAUCGAAUGUUGAAAAGAGCAGCUUUCCUGUGUUUGGGAGCAGUAGCGGGUAAGCUUAGAGAGGAAGAACACAGAAGAUCCCGCCAAAUGGCUCGUCAGGAGAGGAUCGUCAAUACUCUUAUGUCUACUGUGUCAAACUCUCAGAGCAGGAAAAAACUGAAGUCCAAAAAGAGAGAUAUGGGGGAUAGAAAGAGAAAACAGCAGAGUAUUUACACAAGAAUAAGACAGGAAAUUGUCAAGGAAAUUCAGAGUUUAAUGAAGUCCACUGACAUUGACGAUAAAAUCUUAAGCUUUAAAACAGCAGGGAACUCCGGACUGCGGGAGAUGAUUCCCAGUAUCAGAACAUACAUAGAAGAUAAGUCCCAACCUCAGCUGCUCCGAGCUCAAGCCAUCUACAGUUUGAGAAAACUCACCAGUCAGCACCCUCAAGACAUUCAGUCCAUUCUGCUACCCAGAUACUUUGACCGCACUGAGAAAGAGGAAGUUAGAAUUUCCUCAUAUAUUGUCUUGACAUCAACAAGUCCUUCCCGCCAGCUUCUAGAGAUGGUUGCCCAUUCGCUCCACAGAGAAACCAACCCACAUGUCGGAACAUUUGUCUAUACACACCUUGAACAAAUGUCCAACAGUACUUAUCCAUGCCUCAUGUCUUGGGCAAAGAAUGCGACAUUCGCAUUGCGAUUUGCAAAGAAGUUUAGCCCGACGUUCCAAUAUUCGAGAUUUCUUCAAUUCUCCAGAUACAACGAUAGAGUAAAGCUAGGGGCAGCUGCAGAACUUGGUUUCAUAACUUCCCCAGAAGAGUUUAUUCCAAGAGCUGGUGCUGUACAUCUCAAUACUCAUGUUCUGGGAAGCUCAAUUAAUUUUAUGGAGAUUGGAUUCAACACCGAGGGAUUGCAAACACUUCUGUCGAAAAUGGUUGGACCACUCGGUGAACUUACCAAAGGAAAAUCAGUUGUGGAUGUUCUCAAACAGCGAGUACGCAGAAGUUCACAGUCAACGCAAACUCAAAGUGACCCGAUCAGUCAAAUCCAUCAGCAGCUGAAGGUGUCAGCUCGUACAAGCCCUGAACCUAAAGGCCAUUUAUACAUAAAAAUGAUGGGCAAUGAACUCCAGUAUUUUAGUCUGGAUCGCAGUACUAUGGUGGAAGCAUUACUUAAAGAGGGAAAGAUCCUGUUAAGUGUGACGGAACAGAAAAUGAAGAGCGGUAUAGACAUUGACAUACACAGGUCUCUCAUACCUCUCGAUGCUGACACUAUGAUUCCAACCGAGUCUGGUCUCCCACUCCGUCUGAAACUUAGGGGGACAGCUGCAGUUAAAGUAACAGGCAAAAUGAAAGUUUCUGGGGUACCUUCUCUGUUUCAGAUCAACCGUCCAGGAAAGGCCGCGAGAGAACUAGGCUUAGAUUUAGAACUUAAUCCAAGUGUAUUGGUUGACAUGCGAGGUGAAAUGGAAAUGGAUGCAGAAUACUUCAAAGCGGGUGUAUCUAUUAAAUCUAUGGCACAUGUAGAGACACCUCUUUCGAUCUCCACUACCUUUAAUCUUCCUACUGCCAAACUUAUAACUAAAGUCAAUAUUGAGAAAUUGAAUGAGAAAGUAGCUAAGAUGGAAAUAUCUCCAUCAACGUAUUUCAAAGAAAACCCGUCUGACAUAGCAAAGUAUCCUGCACCAAGAGAAACGCAAUGCAUCAGGGCUGCUGAAGGUGCAAAGGCCAUGCCAUUGUCAAUUUCAUUUGGUAAACGCAGUUUGGGUCUUGAAGUAGGAAUAAGCGGACAAGCUGUUGUGAGCGAUUUCGAGAUGAAUGUCCCAUAUUACCCAAUGAUAGGUAAACAGGAAUUGUUUAUCACCUUAUCACCAGGAAUUAAUCCUCAAAAAUAUAUGGAAUUUCAAGUUCAACUGAUGGCUCCAAAACAAGAAUCUGCUCAACAAUCAGCCUCAGAUAAGGCUACGAAUUCGGGAGAAGAAGGGAUUAUUUCUAAAAUAGCAAGUUAUUUAACGUUAUUAAGUGGUGGUCAGUCUGAUCAGAUCCCAUCCUCUUCUUCACAACCUUCCUCUCCUCCAAAAGACAUCAAAUCAAAAGAUUCAUCCUUGGCAAGUCUCAUUCAACAUUUGAAAGAACCACAAUCUGUCCAGUCAGACAAAGCUGUUGUGUCACGUAACAACAGUAUUGGAAUUCUGAUAAAUGUCAUUGGAAUAGAUGAAUCUAGAUCAAUUAAACGACAUCUGCAAGUCUGUAUGGCAGCCGGUUUUGACAUGAGCUCAAGAGUCACUUCAAUUCUGGCGACUCUGAAUAGAUCUCCUGUUCCAGAAGUAGAAACCAAAGCAUGGAAGAUGGACAUUGCCAUCAAGUUAAAUUUACCAACAAAACUUGUAAAUCCUUCGGAACUGAUGUCUGAAUCAUACCAGAAAGAGCUUGAAAAACAAAUAGAGGUGCAUAUAAGAAGACAUGGAGAGGAUGAGUAUCAUAGGUUAAUCGAUCGGGAGAUACCAAGCCAACAGAUUAAAGUUCUAAAAACACUUUUAAGCUCAACAGGCACCCAAGAAAUCAUUGACGAAGUUGUGAACACGGAAGUGAGUCAAUCAGAAGAAUCUUCGCCAAGUUCUGACAGAAAGGUAAUCAAGCUUAUCCGAGAACAGAAACAUCUUCUGAAAGAAGUGACGAAUAUUCGUAGAAAGUCAUCUGACCCAUUAAAACUUCAGAGGAUAAAAUCAACACUCUCCUCUGUCAUAAAGUGGUCAGAAAAGGUUAAACAACUUUUAGAAAGAGAGUCAAGAUCAGUUCCAACCAGUGAAGAAUCUGAUAAUCUACGAAAAUACUCUGCAUUACUUCAACAAAUCGUUGAGCAAAGAAUUGAGGAAUCCGUCCUAUCUUCAUCGAGGGCAUUGUCUUCUAAAGAUCAACAAUCUCUCAAAAAAUCAUUAGAAACAAACAGAGAAUCACUGAGAAAAAUAUUGCAAAAGCAAAGUUCUUCACAGAGGGUUUCUCAAAGUUCUCAAUCCAAUCCACAAUCUCCGCCCAUCCCUGAAGUACAGGUUGAGGGUUCCUCUCAGCAACAAGAACCACAACAGUCAGAAGAAACACAACAAAGGGAUUCAUCUAAGUCGCAACCCGGACAGUCAGACUCUCAGUCUCCCUCUGUACCUGAAGUUAAUUCGAAAGAGGCUCAGGAAUCCCCACAAAAGUCUGAACAGUCAGAACAACCGGAGCAACAAUCUCGGCAAUCAAAAAAAACAUCCAAACAGUCAGAGAAAUCACCGCAAAGUCGGGAACAACUACAGAGGACACAUCAACAAUCCCAAGAUAGCGCCUCUCUCUCUCAGUCCAAAAGUAAGUCUCCUUUAUCCAAAUCAGUUUCGAGUCUUCUGCAGAUCCAGCGGGAGGCCAUUCAAGAACUUUCCGAGUCGAAAGAAAAAUUGGAUGGGGCAAAAAAUAUUGAUCAGAAGAAAAUAAAAGAAGCAGUUCGUGUAGCUAAGGAAAUCAAUGAAAAGAUUCGUCGAGAGGCGUCGACCUCAUUGCCCCAUAGAAUUGAAAAGGAAAGAGCAAUUUUGCUAAAAGCUGUAAUCCAACAACAACAAAUUUCCAAAUGUUUAGAACAGAGAAUAAAAAGACAGAAAUCCAAACCGCAAAAUCAGAAAGAAAUGCAAGAAAUGACGACAUUGUUGCAACACUUGAAACAAGAAAAUGACAAACUGUCAAAGGUAUUGGCAAUAGCAACUCAGCAAGAGAAAGAAAGAGAGGCAGUGAGGGGAACACGUUCACAGAGAGAACAGAGAACACUUGAAAGUCUUAGACAAGUCCAGCUGUCACAAGUAAUCGCUGUCCAGCAGUUAGUGGCUGCAGAAUCAUCAUCAUCUGCGAAAUCUAGGAAAGAUAAUGCCCAACCAGUUCAAAGAGUGCAGCAAUGUAUGGAGAUUUUAGAUGAAACAGGCACACAAAUAGUGUCUUUAAUCAAACAAAGCAAUGUAAACCAAAGCCCACCAGACGUUAUAGCUAAACUUGUUGAGGUUAUACAAAUGCAACACAGUUUGUUGGGAUUAGUUGCUGGGCGUGCCAGAGAGCAAUUGAUUCAAUCUGUUUCCCGCUCCGAAGCAAUGGACACAAGAAUAGAAAAACUUGAGGAGAAGGCUGAAACGGAAAAACUUGAGUAUCUUCAAAUAAUGAGAAAUAUACUAAAAUCAAUUAAAGCGAAAAGAUCCGUUUCUAGUCUUAGUCGAUCUGAUAAUAAAAUGCUUCAGAUAGUCCACAAUAAGAUGGGAUUAAUUAGAUCAAUGCAAAUAAAAAUUGAACAUAGAGUAAGAGAUAUUGAAAAGGAUCAAAAGAAGUCUGCUAAAAAGCUUGAAUCCACAACGAUUACAGAACUAGCUGCAAAAUGUAAAACCGUCCAAGAUGAAAUCGAAAAGGUAGAAAGUGAUAUAAGAUCAAAUCAACUCCAUCAGAAGGUGGAUGAUACUACAAAAGAACCAUUGCGAAGAAUUGAAAUCCAAAAACAAAUUGUUGAGAAGGUAAAGGAACUCAUACCGAAAUCAGAAAUGAGUCCACAAGAAAAACAAACCAUUCAGGCCUCUUUGAAAACUCAGGAGAAGAGGUUAGAAGAACUGCAGCAGAAGGUUCAAGAUCUCAAAAACGAAGAAUCUCAACAUAGCUCAACAAGCUCAUCCCGGGAGUCACAGUCAGUUCAAUCUUCUCAAAAUAGACCUGUUGCCGGUAUUAGGCAAGAAGACAAAUUGCAAGAUAGUAAAGAUCGACAGAAUGGAGAUGGUACAAGGAACAAUCGUAAAUCUAAAGAGAAAUCUGAACAGAUAUCUCGCAGGUCACAAAAAGAAUCCGCAAAACAAAGAUCUGAGAAAUCCAUUAACGAUCAACAAACAGAGUCUAGGAGUUCACAACCAAGCGACGUUGACUCCAAACAAAGCAGUGAUCAAAGUCCUUCUAAAAGGCGACCAAGCAGUCAGCAGUCAGACAAGAGCAAAGACAUUCGUCAAAAACAAAAGUCAAGCAGGAAGGCCAAGUCGUCAGCACCUGGAGACUUAAAAGUAGAAACCGACAGAGAAAUGUGUAUAUCGGUGAAGGCGCAGUACGGGGCCGAAGGUGAUAAAAAGAAAUUUUUCGAAGUCCAGAUUCUCGGAACACCCUCUUUGGAACAGUUAAUAUGGGAAAGGGCACAAAAAUCGCCACUAGAGAGAAGCAGCAUAACAAAAACAUAUCUGAGGGAAAUGAGAGGUGGAUCUGAAGAAGUAACUUCAGCUUAUCUUAAACUCAGCUUAGAAAUGAACAUGAUUCGUCACCUGCACGUCCGUGUUCAUUAUGAAAGGGAAGAAAUACCUCGUAGUUUAGAAGAAUUUGCGUGGUGGACACAUGAAGCAAUGAAAGCCAUGAUGUAUCGACAUUUAUUCACAAAGUACCCUCAUUCCUUCCGUCCUAAAGACAGAUUGGAAGUCCUUCUUAAUUUCAGGAGAAACAAUAGACAAUUUGACGCAGAAUUUAAACUUUCUGAAGAGUCUAACUUUCUGAGAGGCAUUUCCAUUCCAUAUUUUGGACCAUUCUUCUUUGAAUCUAUGAAAGGUAUCAGGGAUGGACUUCGACGUCCGUUACAGAAGACAUUGUCCAGCAUCACUAGCCGUCUGCCAGGACAAUGCGAGGUGAAACAUAACCAGGUUAGAACUAUGGAUGGGAAAGAAUACAGCAUACCAGACACAAAGGAUUGCAAAGUCGUUCUGUCCAUAGACUGUUCCUCUGCUAAGCAAUUCGCCAUUAAAUACAGAAAGGAUUCAUCCGAUCCCUCUAAAAGAGCUGUUGAGGUUCAUAUAGAAGGUAAACGCAUAGAGAUUGUUCCAGUAAAAUCCUCUUUAGAUGUUAAAGUUGAUGGCAAAAAAGAAGACAUUCCAGCUGAGUCUGCAAUCAGCGUUAAAGUAGCAUCAUCCUUAAGCAGCAAUAAAGAUUCCAGACUAGAAAUCAGUCGUCAACAAAAUAGGAUUUCCAUCUCGGCAUCACGGAAAGGAGUACAUGUCACAUCAGAUGGUCACAAAAUAUCCAUUAAGGUGACCCCGUUUUACUACUCUCAAGUUUGCGGUCUCUGUGGAAACUUCGACGGAAAACAAGGAAAUGAAUAUCAAAGUCCGCAGAGAGUUGAUCGUUCCGAUCCAAAUUGUUUUGUUCUUGAUUAUUUAAUCCCAGACAGUAAAUGUGAUUCUGGAAGUGUACUGAAGGAAUGUCAUCAACAUCAGAAUUCGUCAUCGCCAUCACGAUGCUUAGUAAAACCUGAAACCGUACUACGAACACGUUUGAACAAAGGCGUAUCCCAGCUCUGUUUCUCCCAGAGUUCUGUGAAGAGUUGUCCAGCCCACUGCAAGCAAAAAGACCCCAAAUCAAAGGCGGUCCCCAUGGUGUGUUAUGAGCAUGACAGUGUCAAAGCCAAAGCAUUAAAGAAAGCCAGCUACAAGGGCCCUGUAUCGGAACUGAAGUCGCAUCAAGCCGAUUACACGGAAUAUGUGCAGGAACCCACAAGUUGUGGGGAAGUGUAAAUUCUCUUGGACCUUUUAUCACUUUUUUAUAUCUUAAAUAUGUGCACGAUAUAAAAUUAGCGAUUAUAUAUAGGGCAUAGACGAUGUAUCAUAUCAAAAAGAUCUUUGGUGGCGGAGUUUUUUUUAAUCAUUUGCGAGUAUAUGUACAUUAUUUAGUAUAGAUUGUGGUCUUCAUAACAACGGGUUCUCUAGUCUAUAGUCAUUAUGCAGCAAGUUUUUUGUUGUUAUAACCAUUGAUUUGUUGUGUAUUGUGAAUAAAAUAUGCAUGCAGCAGUGAAAAUUCUAA